AUGUCGUGUCCACAAUGCUUCUCCGGCCAUAUCAACCCUGGUACACCGCAGGAUAACAAGAUCCUUGCGGAUCAUUACGCUUCGCUUGGACAGUACCUGGUAUACCUUCCAGAUUUCAUGGAUGGCAAAGCAGCCUCGGUCAACACGAUGAUCAACAUGGCCUAUUUGACAGACAAGCAAACUUCCUGGCUCUGGACCCCCUACUACCUCCUUGCCACUGUAUACGAUUUCGUUCCAUUUCUGUACAGGAACAGGUUCGGCGCAUGUUGGCCAAGGGUGACAUCCUUCCUCAAAGCACUUCGCGAAGACAAGGGCAUGGAGGUCCCAGUGGGAGUGGCAGGCUUUUGCUGGGGCGGGCUGUAUCCGAUCAAGCUCAAUCACAAUAUCCCUGAAGCCAAGACUACAAGUGGUCAGCCGUUAGCAGAUGCAUUCUUCUCUGCUCAUGCCUCCAGCGUCACAAUUCCCCAGGACAUAGAAGGAGUCACAAUGAACCUUUCGUACGCGAUUGGUGACGAUGAUGCGGUCAUGAACAUGCAGCAAGUUCGUCAACUGCAGAAGGUCUUGAACGACAAACAAGAGGUGGAUUCAGAAGUCGUCAUUUAUCCUGGUGCGAAACACGGCUUUGCUGUUCCGGCUAGCAGAACAAAGCCCGAUGCACAAGAAACCAUACAAGCAGAAGAGGCAGAAAAGCAGGCGAUCGCAUGGUUUCAACGACAGUUUGCGGCUGCCAAGCAGAGAGACAUGGGUUGA